GUUAUUGACGGAACUGAGACUCCUACCGGUGGCAGUAUCAUCAACACGAACCAACACACCGGAUCCACAAGCAAUUCAUGGUCGACCCAAAGAUCAAGGAGCAAGCCGUGCCGGCCGUGCCACCGGCUGGAUCAGCGGCGUUCAUGUCGAGCGAGGAGGCGGGAGAGAUACUGUCGAAGGAACUUCUCAAUCUCUCGUUGCAGGACCGAAACGAAGUCACGGAAGAGAUCCAUGGCGUUGCCAGCAUGAACACCCCAGAAACCCCAGAACUUCUGGAAACGUCCCUUUCGAAGAUGAUGAAUGAACUGGCAAAGAUACCCUCUCACAAGAAGGUGAACUACACCAAGGCGCUGUCCUACACCGACUCGUACGUCCACACGGACUGUUUCAAGCUCCGUUUCCUAAGGGCGGUUUUCUUUGAUGCGAAAGAGGCUGCCUAUCGAUUGACCAAAUUCCUGGAUAUUCUCGGGGAGGCCUUCGGGGGGCAGGUCUUGCGGCGGCCGGUGUGCCUCGAUGACUUCACAAAAACAGAGCAGAUGAUCAUCAAGAAGGGGCCCCUCCAGAUGCUUCCGUAUCGAGACAGUGCUGGGCGUCGGAUCGCGAUCUGCUUUCCGACGGACGAUAUUCCGGGGGACACACCGUACAUCCGAGUGAGUAAUUUGAUGCAUUCUGCUUAUCGCUUGUCUGCUUGCUACCGGGAUCGAUUCGAGUGCUGAACGUUCCUCGAGUGUGUUGCAUUGUGUUCGUAUUGCCACCUCGUGUGUCAAACGAACCGAGGACCGAACCGAACGAAUCAUAGAAGGACAUGUAAAUAUGCAGAUACGAAGGAAUCGAGCCAACGAAAAGAGCAUAGAAAGGCAUGCGUAUCGGCAUCCCACCAUUGCCGCUGUAUCGUUUCGAUUUGGGACGUGCAUGCGUAUGCACAUGUACCCAUUAUGAUGCUAUGUGAAAACUUUCUUACACCGAAAAUUUUGCAAUACUAUUGCACUUUACUUUACUUUUGUGCAUCGGUUCCGGUAGGUGAAGAUAAGCCUUUACUACUCGUUCAUCGCGAUGACCAACGGCCUCGAAGAAGAUCUCGAAACGCAGCGCAAAGGAAUCGUCGUGAUCUUGUGAUUUGAUCCGAAGUUUGGCUUCGGCAGAGGGAUGAAGGAGCGGCCGGCGUCCCGGCUGCGGCAGACGACUUCAAUCCGCGUUGCCGCCUUUCACAUCUGCACCCCCAAGACCGUACAGUCUCGGUUUGGUCGCUUUUUCUUCGAACCAGCGCCGGUGCGUGCAAGGAUUCGAAUCCAUCUCGGUAAGUCCUUCGCGGUUUUUGGAACUCGAUUCUGUUCUGAUGAGCUGCUGGUUUGAUUCGUUGUUUGGUGGGGGCUCGCACGCUAGAUUCUUUGAAUAGAAGAAGAAAAGAAGUAUCGAUUGACAUUGAAGUUAGCUCGAGUACUGUUUCUUGUUUGUAAUGCCUUCGCUUUAAAGUCGAUUCGAACGCCACGAGAAGACUACGCAACACCAUAGGGCUCGUGUACUAUGUGGUGCUCAAUCGCUGAUGCUUGUUCGCUUGGCUCUUUUCUUUUCGUGACAAGGCUCGCCCAUGGAACUUUUCUACACGCUGAAUUCCUUUGGGAUUCCAGCGGAAAUAUUGCCAAUCACCACAGGUGGCAAGAUCAAGACGACGUCCAUUAACCAGUGGUUCAAGACGCGGAGAGUCCUCGAGCGCAACGAACGCGACUGCGAGUAUAUCGUGGAGUGCCCGAACUCUACGGACAUAGUCUUCAAGAGAGGUGGCAAAAACGCGGUCCACAAUGCCGGAAACACCCGAUUCCGUAGCAUCAUCCAAAAGAAAUGGGAGCGGGGUGGCUUUAUGGAGAUGACCCAGACAAAGCUAGCCGACGAGCUACAGAAGGAAUUUACGUUAGGGGGCUUUCGGAUCAUUAUAUGGAAGGAGAAUCAAUCUCGAUUUAUUCGCGCUACAGACGAGAAGACCAUCUACAGCAAGAUCGAAUACUCGAUCCGGGCCUUCCGGGAGAAGGAUUUCCAGUCCAUCAAUCGGAGGGUGGCGGACACGUUGCUAGAGAAAACCACCUCGGGUGCGACCACGCGCACCCUUGAUUUCGACGUGGCGGGCGGGAGACGAAAGCGGUUCAAGUUCAUCAAUGGCAGUGUUAACGGUGACGGCAAUGACGUUUGUUGUUUCCAAGAGAUCACCGACAGCGACGACAGCAGCAGAGAGGAUUUUUGCGCGUACGUCAACGGCUGUUUCGGAGUCCUCUGAGCACGCCGAUUGCGAAUGUUUGACCGCGGACUUUUCGCCCGAAGAAGAACCAGUGGUUUCUCUCGAAACUCCAUUACGGUCCGACACGUCUCGAUGCCAAGGUUUCGGGGAGCAUCUUGUUGAGUUUGUUCUGAAGACGGUGAUGGUUGUUGGAUCUCGACCGGAUCGACACGCCUUUGAUGCAGCAAUGAGAACAACUCGAAUAAGUGUGUUAACGUCACAAGAAGGUGGCUAACACUGCAAUUUUCCUUUGUCGAAGCAACCUGUGAUUCCCUCUCGUACUGCAAAAUAAUAAACACAGCUAUUU